UUCAGGUUGCACAGACCCACGCAUUGUUAGCGUGUCGUCGUCCGCAAUUUCCUGUUUCUCAGCGCCCUGACCAGGAGAGUUAGUCAACAAAAAUUCACCAAGCUCAGCAAUUCUCCCGGAUGAGGCGAUACGACAAUCCCCCGCCUUACAAUAGUACGGGCUCGUCAGAGGCAACGCGUCUGAUUGAUAGUCGCAAGCCUUCUCAUCUCCAUCAAUCCUUCAAGAGUUACAUUCGAACAGCGUUAAUUGCUAUCAUAGCUGCUUCAAUUGCGAUCAUCAUCUUUGCGUCAGUGUUUGACACUUGUAAUAAUCCCUUAGAUCCGGAUGUUCGAGAUCGCAUUCGCAAGGACUGGGGUAUCGAACUUCGCCAGCACGAGAAAGAAGCUCUCGAGCGCAGUGACACCUACAAGCGCUGGCGCCUGGAAGAUAAUGACAGGAUUCAUCUCCGCGAACAAUGGCAAACGGAAGCAGAGGAGCACAAACGUGAUAUGGAGAAGAGACAGAAGCGUGAAGAGCAAGAAAGAACUCUUCUCCGCGAAAAAUGGGGUAGGGAAGUGAAAGAGCACGAGCAUGAAGUGGAGGAGAGACGCAGGCACGAGGAAGAAGAACGGUUGAGAUUGAAUAUGUUUUGGACCGACUUGACUUCCCGCACGUGCACAACAUACGCCACUCGAGAGUACACUGCCCGACUGGUGAACGUCCCAUCAUACUACAACCGCCGUGUAGAGGCUUGCAUGGCCACACCGGUAAAGAUCCAUGGGGUUGAAUAUAUGCCUAAGUGGUGCGAGGAUCAUGGUCCGAGCAGUGUAAUAGGACAUUGGGAAGUUGACCAGCAUGAGCCGGAUUGCGCAUCGUACUGGAUCUGGUACAAAGAUUUUGGCUGUAUUUCUCCUGGAUCCGGUCAGCGACGUAUUGAGCAUUACCUUGAGAAUAUCCCAUCUGGAGGUGAUUGGAAGGAGUUCUGUGCUACCACUCCUGUAAGCUUCCGUGGGAUGCACUUCACGGGCGCACAGAUCUGCUUCAAAAAUAACGGUGCUACAUGGGGCCACUGGGUUUUUGAUGACGAGAGCUGCAAAUAGCCAAGUCGCAAUCAUAACGAUUUGAUGUUGGAUGAGGAAGAGAAUGUAUUAAUUUCGAGUUGUACUAGACACAGAUGUAAAUUCAUGGCUUCGAGUAUAUACACCCAAGGGACGGCAGAAAGACAAACGGUGAG